GAGAGCCUGCCACCCGGGAGCCUGAACUUCGACCCGGAGUACCAGGCGGCCUACGACAUGGCCCUGGAGGCGCUGCACUCCGAGCACGGCGUGCCGGCCGCGCCGCUGCGGGCCCUCGCACACGGCGGCGGCGGCACGGUGGAGGUCAUGGCCGUCUGCCUGUACAAAGACGACCGGCUCCCGCGGCUGGCAGCGAACAACCACGCGCUGUACUGCAAGCAUCGCGGCUACACGUACCAGCAGUUCCUGGAGGUGCCGGCGGGCGGCUGGGACCGGCUGGAGGGCUUGCCGCGGGAGCCGCACUACUGGAAGAUCCAGCAGACGUUGGAAGCUCUUGAGCGCGAGGACGGCCCAGAGUGGGUCCUCGUCAUCGAUUGCGACGCCUUCUUCACGAACGCCAGUAUCGGCGUUUCGGAUCUGGUGGCCAGCUACGGGACGGACGAUACCCUGUUCUUCGUCGCGGAAGACCCUGCCGGGAUAAACACUGGCGUCUUGCUGUUCCGCCGGCACGAAUGGACGAGGGAUUUCUUGCGACGGGUGUUGCAGACGCCGUUUGUGCAGAUCUGGGACCAGUCCCAGUUCUUCUGGCAGAUCUUGCAGGAGUUCGGCGCGUUCUCCCUUGGCGAUGUCCCUUCUGCGACGUCAGGUCGAGUCGCCCUCGUGCACCAGAGCCACCUGAACGCCUACCACUCCGGCACGGCGGAGAGCUGGAACGCGUACGCUUGGCAAUCUGGCGACUACGCGAUUCAUUAUGCUGGUUGCCCUUGGGAUGAGCAGUUCUGCUGGGACAAGAUGGUGGCAUCGGCGCGGCUAAUAGAGGAUCAG